AUGUCUGAGUACCAGCGUAUGUCGAUUGACGCUUUGCUGUCAGUCAGGAAGACGCUUAGAAGCGAGUCGGAUGCGGUUACAGGCCUUUCCAAACAGUUUGACAAUGACCUGUUCUCUCAGGUGAACUUGGCGAACACGUUGAAGAUCUUCUACGAGACUCACUUGAGAGGUGGUAAAAUUGUCUGCUGUGGUAUUGGCAAGUCUUUUAAGAUUGCAACAAAGACUGUGGCUACUAUGAAAUCUUUAUCCAUUAGCGCAGACGUUUUACAUCCAUCUGAAGCUCUUCACGGUGAUCUCGGCUUGUUAAGAGACCGUGACUGCUUGGUGUUCUUUACAGCCAGUGGCAAUACGCCCGAGCUUCUUCAGCUUUUACCACACCUUUCUCCAUACUUGCCGAUCGUGCUAUUGACAUGCAACAAGUCCUCUAAGUUGUCUGACCAUCCACAGGUACAAGCCUUAUUGUUCGCUGAACUACCGGCUCACUUGAAAGAAGACGUGAUCCAUGGACUCCCGGCACCGACCAUCUCCACUACAUUGUCACUCGUUUUGGCUGACGCCGCUGUUUUGGCAUUAUCUGAGAUGAUCGAGAAGGAUGAGGCCAAGCGUCGUAAGCUCUUCUCCAUGAAGCACCCUGGUGGCUCCAUCGGUUCAGACUUGAGUUAUUUGAACGACAACUUUGCUAAACUUGGAGCCUCAUUUGUCACUAGCAAUACCAGUACUGCGACUCAUACCGAAAGUUAUUCAUCGCUCUUGUCGUUGACUCAGGUGAAGAAAUCGUUUGGGUCGACGGGUGGGGCUCGUUCAGAGGCAACUUCGAUCGACAGUUCUGAUAGCGAGGAGCUAGAAAUCAAGUCUAAGAUUGAUAAUGAACUUUCUCAUGCCAUCAAAAGUGCUUCUCCAGAUCUGGUGUUGAGCGUGAAACAAGACGAAUUAACUACAUGGAGUGAAGUUGAUCUUCUCAAAAACGUAACGAUUCAUGACUUCAUCACAUUCCUGAACCAACAUGCCUCGUUUGGUCUGACAAGUGACAGCAUUCGUGCUUUCUAUAAAUUCGCCUCGACUGGUGGUUGGUCAGGCAUGGAACAAUUGUUGCCUAUUUUUAAAAUGAUUGACCUUUAA